AUGGUGACUACGAGCGACAGCCUCCAAAAUCCCCCGACGAUAUGUUCGUUUUUAUUAUGUAAAACUCAGUGUAAAUAUAGAGUUCAUGUCACCUUCAUUUCAAAAGAUAAAAAGCGAAUCGAGGUUAAUGGAAAGGUUGGGGACAAUCUCCUAUACCUCGCGCGCUUUCACAAAAUCGAACUGGAAGGCGCAUGCGAGGCCUCCUUGGCCUGUUCUACUUGCCACGUAUAUGUAAAUGAAAAGUUUUUUGAUCGCCUACCACCGGCGCGGGAUGAAGAAGAAGACAUGCUUGAUCUCGCCGUUUUUCUCAAGGAAAAUUCUCGUUUAGGCUGUCAAAUAAUACUCUCCAAAGAACUGGAUGGCUUGGAAGUCGAACUACCUCCGGCAACACGCAAUUUUUACGUCGAUGGACACACACCAGAAGCGCAUUAA